UGUUCACUGCUCAGAGCGGCGGUGUGCAUGUGUCAGGGAGCCGCACCGUUCUGCGCACUGGUUCCGCCGGACAUCACCGGAUAACGGCGCUCGUCAAGCGGGUUUGGUGGUGGAGGGGGAGACUGGACCCGGACCAGGAGCAGGAGCGGGAGAAGCGCCGCGGCGACUUAUACAGCCCGCUCUUCGGAAACAUGUCGGAGUUUUUCCUACUCGCCUUUCUCGCCCUCUUCUCCGGAUUAUUUCCGUGCGCCGAACCCUCCAAGGUGUCGGACGAGGAGAAAGAGCCCAUCUUGUGCGAUGUAGGGGAGUUUCACUGUCAUGACCAGCACACCUGCAUACCGAAUGCCUGGCUCUGUGACGGUGAGCCCGACUGCCCCGAUGACUCUGAUGAAAGCGAUCAUGCCUGUGCACAGGAAGUGGUGAUCAGAUGCCCCCUCAAUCACAUACAGUGCAUCGGGACGAGGAAAUGUAUUCAUUUCAACAAGCUCUGCAAUGGGGCCAGAGACUGUGAAGACGGGUACGAUGAAGGAGUUCACUGUCGAGAGCUUUUGUCAGCUUGCCAUGAGCUCCGGUGCCGCUAUGGCUGUGUGAUGACGAGAAACGGCACCUUCUGUUUCUGCGCUGACGGCUUUGAAGUCGGCGAGGAUGGGACGAGCUGCAGAGAUCAUGAUGAAUGUGCCAUGUAUGGUGCGUGCAGCCAAACCUGCACGAACACCUACGGGUCAUACAGAUGCAGCUGCACAGAGGGAUACAUCCUGCAGCCUGACAGGAUAUCUUGCAGAGCCAAACAAGAUCCUGGUGACAGCCAUCCAAUGCUUCUUAUUGGUGGCUCUGAUCGUAUUGUCGUCACCCAUCUAAAUGGAACGGGUCUUCAGCCCCUGAGGUCCCUAAGUGUAAAUGGAACGCUGGCAUUGGAUUUCCAGCACAGCCAGGAAAGGGUAUGCUGGGCGCUGUCUACAGAGUCCUCUGGGCAGCUCCGCUGCGCUGGAACAAGGAAUCUGCGCGGGUUCACACGGGAACAGGAAAUAAAGACACAACGGAGUAUACAACAUGUGGAGCAAAUGGCUAUUGACUGGCUAACCGGAAACUUCUAUUUUGUUGACCAUGCCUCUGACAAGAUAUUUGUCUGCAACCAUGCUGGGGACACAUGUGUUACGAUACUUCAACUAGACCUGCUGAAUCCCAAAGGAAUAGCCCUGGAUCCUCUCAUGGGAAUGAUGUUCAUCACAGACUAUGGGAAUGUGGCCAAGCUUGAGCGCUGCAACAUGGAUGGCACCAACCGGACCCGACUAGUGGAUUAUAAAAUUGAGCAGCCCACUGCUGUUGCAUUGGAUAUGUUCAAGAAGCUUGUAUAUUGGGCCGAUGCCUACCUGGAUUACAUCGAUGUUGUGGAUUACCAUGGCAGGAACAGGCACACUAUUAUCCAUGGCAUCCAGGUGUCAUACGUAUAUGCAUUAGCUGUGUUUGAGGACUACCUGUAUGCCUUGCACUCUGCCCCUUCAGAAGGGAGUUCAUCUGUGGAGCUGCUGCGGGUUCACAGGUUCAACAUCACAGCAGAGAGCAGGACAUUAGGCAGCCUGGGGAAAUCUAGAGCCCUGCAUAUUUACCACAAACUCGCUCAACCAAAAGUCAGAAGCCAUGCAUGUGAAUUGGACUCAUAUGGAAAGCCAGGAGGAUGUUCCCACAUUUGUCUUUUGAGCGGAAGUUACAAGUGGAGAACCUGUCGCUGCCCUAUUGGCUACAGACUUGGUUUUGAUGGGACAUCAUGUAAAAAGCCCAAAAACGAUUUCUUCCUCUUCUAUGGUAAGGGGCGUCCCGGCAUCAUCCGCGGCCUGGAUAUGAACAUCAAGUCUAGUGACGAGCACAUGGUACCCAUUGAGGACCUGGUCAACCCUCGAGCCAUCGACUACCACGCAGAAAUGGGACACAUUUACUUCGCUGACACCACCAGUUUCUUAAUUGGUCGUCAAAACAUAGAUGGAAGCAGCAGGGAGACAAUUCUCAAAGAUGAACUUGAUAAUGUUGAGGGCAUCUCUGUGGACUGGAUCGGGAAUAACUUAUACUGGACCAACGAUGGUUAUAGGAAGACAAUCAGUGUAGCCAGGCUGGAGAGAGCGUCUCAAACCAGAAAGACUCUGUUGGAAGGGAACAUGUCACACCCUAGAGCCAUCGUGGUUGAUCCUCUGAACAGCUGGAUGUACUGGACAGACUGGGAAGAGGAUGAGGUCAACGACAGCAUAGGACGGAUAGAGAAAGCCUGGAUGGACGGAUCCAAUCGGCGUAUUUUUGUCACCUCCAACAUGCUGUGGCCCAAUGGCCUGACUCUAGACCACAGUAGCAGCACUAUGUACUGGUGUGAUGCCUAUUAUGAUCAUAUUGAGAAGAUUCACCUAAAUGGAACAGGACGGAUGGUGGUGUACAGGGGGAAAGAGCUGAACCAUCCCUUCGGCAUCUCUCAUUAUCGCAAUUUCAUCUUUUGGACGGAGUACAUGAAUGCGUCUGUAUUCCAGCUGGAUUUAUCCACAGGCGAUGUCACUCUGCUGCGGAGCGAGAGACCACCUCUGUUUGGCCUACGUGUCUAUGACGCCCAGAGCCAGCAAGGUGAGAAUGCGUGCAGCGUGAAUUAUGGAGGCUGUAGUACCCUUUGCCUUGCCAUCCCAGGGGGCAGAGUGUGUGCCUGUGCUGACAACCAAGCUUUGGAGAAGAACAAUGUCACCUGUUCAGAUUCCUCCACUGGUGUUUUAGAGCCAGCUCGAUGUAAAAGUGAUGAGUUCCAGUGUCACAACCAGCGCUGCAUACGGGCCUCAUGGAAGUGUGAUGGCGACAAUGAUUGUCUGGAUGGAAGUGACGAGGAGAGCCACAGCUGCUACAACCACACCUGUCCUGAUGAUCAGUUCAAAUGCAACAACAACCGCUGCAUUCCCAAAAGGUGGCUUUGUGACGGAACAAAUGACUGCGGAAAUAAUGAAGAUGAAGCCAACACCACAUGCUCCGCCCGGCCCUGUCAAGCCGACCAGUUCUCCUGCCAGAAUGGACGCUGCGUACCUCGAGGCUGGAGCUGCGAUCAGGAGAACGACUGUGGUGAUAUGUCAGAUGAAAUAUCAUGCACAUUCCCUACAUGCAAACCUCUCACUGAAUUCAGCUGCUCAAACGGACGAUGCGUCAGUGUCAAGUGGCACUGUGAUUCAGACGACGACUGUGGAGACGGCAGUGAUGAAGUGGGCUGCAUGCAGACCUGCUCGAACACUCAGUUUCAGUGUACCAAUGGACGCUGUAUUCCGGCGGACUGGGCUUGUGACGGUGACAACGACUGUGGCGACUUUAGCGAUGAGAACACGACCUGCAGAGGUGGACCUGCAUUGCUCCCAUCUGUGAUUGAAUGCAGCGGGGAUGAGUUCCACUGUGUUGAGGAUGGAACCUGCAUCCCUGAACGCUGGAGAUGUGAUGGUGAUAAGGACUGCGAGGAUGGAAGUGAUGAGAAAGACUGUGAGGGCACCAAAAGGAUGUGUGACCCCAAGGCCAAGUUUACCUGCAAAGAUACAGGCAAGUGCAUCACAAAGAGCUGGGUAUGUGAUGGAGACAUUGACUGUGAGGACCGUUCUGAUGAAGAGUCAUGUGAAUUAUCUGUCUGCAAGCCUCCAAAGUACCCUUGUGCCAACGACAGCUCGGUUUGCCUGACGCCUGAUAAGAUCUGCAAUGGCAAAGUCGACUGUGCUGACCGCUCGGACGAAGGACCCAUCUGUGACAUGUGUCUAAUAGCCAGAGGGGGCUGCAGUCACCAGUGCACAGUGGCACCGGGGAAGGGAGUCGUGUGUUCCUGUCCCCCUGGACUUCACCUGGACUCGAGCAACAAGACGUGCGAGGCAGUGGACUACUGCAGCCGUCACCUGAAGUGCAGCCAAGUGUGCGAGCAGUACAAGACCACGGUGAAGUGCUCGUGUUAUCCUGGAUGGAUACUCGACGCAGAUGGAGACAGCUGCCACAGCAUAGAUCCGUUUGAAGCUUUCAUCAUUUUCUCAAUCCGACAUGAGAUAAGACGAAUAGACCUUCACAAACGAGACUACAGUCUGCUGGUGCCGGGACUGAGGAACACAAUUGCUUUAGACUUCCACUUUAACCGUAGCCUGCUUUACUGGACAGAUGUGGUGGAGGAUAAGAUCUACAGAGGAAGGCUAUCUGAGACUGGCGGAGUGGCAGGUAUUGAGGUGGUUGUUCAGCAUGGGCUGGCCACCCCUGAGGGCCUGGCUGUGGACUGGAUUACAGGGAAACUCUACUGGAUUGACAGCAAUUUGGACCAGAUCGAGGUGGCCAAGCUAAAUGGAGAAAUGCGCACCACACUAAUCGCGGGAGGCAUGGAGCAUCCACGAGCUAUUGCUCUUGACCCAGGACAGGGAAUUCUGUUCUGGACUGACUGGGAUGCUACAUUUCCAAGAAUUGAGGCUGCUUCCAUGAGUGGCAGUGGGAGACACAUUGUGUUUAAGGAUAUGGAGAUUGGAGCCUGGCCUAAUGGACUAACACUGGAUCAUUUAGAAAAAAGGAUUGUUUGGACAGAUGCACGCUCAGAUGCCAUUUUCUCCGCACUCUACGACGGCACUGGGGUCAUUGAGAUCCUGAGGGGCCAUGAAUACUUGUCACAUCCGUUCGCUGUGUCUCUCUUUGGUGGGAAUGUCUACUGGACAGACUGGAGGACAAACACAUUAGCCAGAGCCAAUAAGUGGACAGGUCAAAAUGUCACUGUCAUCCAGAAGACAAGUGCUCAACCUUUCGACUUGCAGAUAUUCCAUCCCAGCCGGCAGCCGCAAGCCUCUAACCCAUGUGAAGAGAAUGAUGGACGUGGUCCCUGUUCACAUCUGUGUCUCAUCAAUUACAACCGCACCGCGUCCUGCACCUGUCCACACCUCAUGAAGCUUUCCGCCAACAAACAAUCCUGCUUUGCACUGAAACGGUUCCUCCUGUAUGUGCGGCGUUCCGAGAUCCGUGGUGUUGACAUUGACAAUCCCUACAUGAACGUCAUGACAGCUCUGACGGUGCCAGAUAUUGACGAUGUCACCGUGGUGGACUUUGAUGCUCAGGAGGAGAGGAUCUACUGGGCUGACAUCAAAAGUCAAACCAUCAAACGAGUGUUCAUCAACGGCACACAGCUGGAGACCAUUAUUUCUUCAGACAUAGCAAACUGCCGGGGUCUGGCCUUAGACUGGCUUUCUAAGAACUUGUACUGGCUCAGCUCGGAAAAUGACGAGUCACAAAUCAAUGUGGCUCGCUUUGAUGGGUCCCUGAAGACGUCCAUCAUCCACGGCAUCGACAAGCCAAGGUGCCUCGUACUGAACCCUGCCAAAGGGAAAAUCUACUGGACAGAUGGCAACACCAUUAACAUGGCCAACAUGGAUGGGAGUAAUAGCAAAGUCCUCCACCAGAAUCAAAGGGAUCCCGUAGGUCUCUCCAUAGACUUCACUGCCAACAAGCUCUACUGGAUAAGCUCGACCAACGGCACAAUCAACAGGUGCAAUCUUGACGGCAGUGGGCUAGAAGUGCUGGAGACUCUAAAGAGGGUCUUAGCCAAAGGCACGGCUCUGGCCGUAAUGGGUAACAAACUUUGGUGGGCCGAUGAUGAAUCAGCGCAGCUGGGAACAGUUACCAAAAGAGAUGGACGUAAUUUUGUAGUUCUAAGAAACAAGACAAGUGGGGUGGUUCACAUGAAAGUGUACGACAGGGAGGGUCAGAAAGGAAGAAAUCCGUGCCAAGUGAACAAUGGAGGAUGCUCCCAGCUCUGCUUCCCAACCUCCGAGAGCACCCGCAGUUGCUCAUGCACUGUGGGAUAUAAUCUACGCAGUGACCGUUCAUCUUGUGAGGGUGUUGACUCUUUCUUACUGUAUUCCAUCCAUGAGGGAAUCCGUGGAAUUGCUCUAGACCCAAAUGACAACAGUGAAGCUCUCAUGCCUAUCACAGGAACUCUGUUUGCUGUGGGAGUUGACUUUCAUGCAGGAAAUGACACUGUGUACUGGACAGAUAUGGGGCUGAACAGAAUAUCCCGCGCCAAACGUGAUCAGACCUGGCGUGAAGACAUCAUUACUACUGGCAUCAGUCGAGUGGAAGGCAUCGCUGUUGACUGGAUCGCUGGUAACCUGUACUGGACAGAUCAUGGUUUCAAUCUAAUAGAAAUCUCCCGCCUCAAUGGUGCAUAUCGUUCAGUGGUGAUAUCUGAAGGGCUUGAUCAGCCAAGAGCUAUUGCUGUCCAUCCACAAAAAGGUUACCUCUUCUGGACUGAAUGGGGGCAGAACCCCUGCAUUGGCCGUUCUCGUCUGGAUGGUUCAGACCAAGUUACCCUGGUUAAUUCAGGCAUCGUAUGGCCCAAUGGAAUUUCCAUAGACUUUGAGGAAAACACAUUAUAUUGGUGCGACGCGCGCACAGAUAAGAUCGAGAGGAUCAACCUUGAAACAGGUGAGAGCCGGGAGAUUGUACUGUCAGCGGCCAACGUAGACCUUUUCUCAGUGGCUGUGUUUGGCCCUUACAUCUACUGGUCUGACAGAGCCCACUCCAAUGGCUCAAUUCGACGUGCUUUUAAGACGGACACAAAUGAGGCUGUAACCAUGAGGAGUGGCCUAGGUGUCAACUUGAAAGAUGUAACAGUUUUCAACAGAGAUAGGGAAAAAGGCACCAACCCCUGUGCCAGGAGCAAUGGAGGCUGCCAGCAGUUGUGCUUUCACCUGGGAAGUGGUCGCCGAACCUGCUCCUGCGCCCACGGUCGCUUGGCAGAUGACGGUUUUGCCUGCGAGCGCUAUGAAGGUUAUUUACUCUUCUCGGAAAGGACUAUCCUGAAAAGCAUCCACCUCUCGGAUGAAAAUGACCUCAACUCUCCAGUUCAGCCACUUGAAAAUCCAGCUUUUUUCAAGAACAUUGUGGCUCUGGCCUUUGACUACAGUCUGAGCAAAUCUGGGACCAACCGCAUCUUUUUUAGUGAUGCGCAUUAUGGAAAUAUACAGAUUAUUAACGAUGACUGGACUGGACGAUAUAUCAUUGCUGAAAAUGUCGGUUCUGUGGAGGGUCUGGCUUACCACCGUGCUUGGGACACCUUGUACUGGACUAGUUCCACCACAUCUACCAUCUCCAGAGAAACCCUAGACCAGAAGCAAGUCGGUGCCUUUCCCAGGCAGGCUGUGGUCACCCUUUCAGAGGAAGACCACCCACAUGUACUGGCCUUGGAUGAGUGUCAGAGCCUGAUGUUUUGGACCAACUGGAAUGAGCAAAGGCCCAGCAUCAUGAGAUCCACCCUAACUGGAAAGAACAUCAGGAUCAUAAUCAGCUCUGACAUCCUGACACCCAAUGGACUGACAAUUGACCACAAAGCAGAAAAGCUCUACUUCUCUGAUGGAAGCCUUGGCAAGAUUGAAAGAUGCGAUUACGAUGGCUCCAAUCGAUAUGUCAUACUUAAAUCAGGGACCGGAAACUUCUAUGGCCUUGCCAUCUAUGCGGAUUUCAUCUAUUGGUCUGACUGGGCCCGUCGAGCUGUCCUUCGGUCAAACAAGUACACCGGUGGUGACACCAAGGUGCUCCGAGCAGAUAUACCCCAUCAACCAAUGGGAAUAAUAGCCGUGGCAAAGGAUACAAACAACUGUGAGCUCUCCCCAUGCCGACACAUGAAUGGAGGCUGUGGGGACCUCUGUCUCCUGACAGCUCAUGGAAGGGUCAACUGCUCUUGCCGUGGAGAGCGAGUGCUGCUGGAUGACAACAGAUGUGUGUCAGAAAAUUCGUCAUGUAACAUUUACACUGAAUUUGAGUGUGGAAAUGGCGAGUGCAUCGACUAUCAGCUCACCUGUGAUGGGGUGGCCCACUGCAAAGACAAAUCAGAUGAGAAGAUGCAGUACUGUGACAACAGGACCUGCCGGAGAGGCUUCAGGCCCUGCUACAACCAAAGAUGUGUUGCCAGUGGUCGUUUCUGUGAUGGGAUCGAUGACUGUGGGGAUAACUCUGAUGAAGCCUUCUGUAGCAAUACUACAUGUGGCUCAUCUGAAAUGUCUUGCAAGGAUGGCAGCUGCGUGGCCACGUCAGCAUGGUGUAACCAGGUCAUUGACUGUGCCGACGCCUCAGACGAAAAAAACUGCAACCACAGCGAUUGCUCUCACUUUUACAAGCUGGGGGUGAAAGAAACGAAUUUCAUCAGCUGCAACUCCACCUCGCUCUGCAUCCAUCCGUCAUGGAUCUGCGAUGGUGCAAAUGACUGCGGAGACUACGCCGAUGAGAGCAACUGCCAGGUUUCCCAUGGGCAGAAGUGCGAGGAGGGCCACUUUGCUUGCCCAAGUGGGAAUUGCAUUUCUAGUGUUUGGCUGUGUGAUGGCCAAAAAGACUGUGAAGACGGAGCAGAUGAGUUCCAGUGUGACUCAUCGUGCCUGUGGAACCAGUUCGCCUGCUCGAAGAACAAAUGCAUUGCCAAACAGUGGCUGUGUGACGGGGAGAACGACUGCGAGGACGGGCUCGACGAGAGCGUGCAGAUCUGUGGCACAGUGACUUGUGCUCCAGGAUUGUUCAGCUGCCCUGGAUCGUAUGCCUGUGUUCCUAAACGCUGGCUCUGUGAUGGUGAGAGGGACUGCCCUGAUGGAAGCGAUGAACUAGCUCCUGCUGGCUGUGCACCCAAUAAUACAUGUGAUGACAACUCGUUUCGGUGCCAAAACAAAGCGUGCAUCCCCCAGCGAUUCGUCUGCGACCACGAUAACGACUGUGGAGAUGGAUCUGACGAGUCAGUGGAAUGUGUCUAUCGCUCCUGUGGAUCUGGGGAGUUUCGCUGCGGGGACGGCCGCUGUCUACUCAGCUCUCAGUGGGAGUGUGACGGUUAUGCGGACUGUCCCGAUCACUCAGAUGAACUGCCUCUGAACCUCAAAUGUCUUGCUGCAGGAAGCUUGUGCAAUGGCUCCUUCUUCAUGUGCUCCAAUGGCCGCUGCAUAUCUCAGGGGAAUCUUUGUGACGGGAAAGAUGACUGUGGAGAUGGGUCAGACGAGAGGAACUGCAACGUGAACGAAUGUUUGAACCGCAGAGUCAGUGGCUGCACACAGGAUUGCCAGGAUCUCACCGUGGGCUACAAGUGUAAAUGCUGGCCUGGUUUCCGCCUGAAAGAUGAUGGGAAGACUUGUGUGGAUGUUGAUGAAUGCUCCACUACCCUUCCCUGUAGCCAGCGCUGCAUCAACACCUAUGGGUCCUACAGGUGCCUGUGUGUGGAUGGCUACGAACCUGUGGACCGCAACCCCAACACAUGCAAGGCUGUAUCAGCUGAGGAGCCCUUUCUCAUAAUGGCAGACCACCAUGAGAUUCGCAAACUCAGCGUGGAUGGUUCAAAUUACACCAUCUUAAAACAGGGCCUGUACAACAUCAUCCACCUAGAUUUUGACUACAAGAAGGAAUUCAUCUACUGGGUGGAUUCAACCAGGCCGAGCGGUCGAAAGAUCAACAGAAUGCGUCUAAACGGGAGUGACCUUAAGAUUGUCCACAGGACAGCAGUGCCCAGCGCUUUAGCUGUGGAUUGGAUCGGAAAGAAUCUGUACUGGUGUGAUGCAGAGAAGAAAACACUAGAAGUGUCCAAAGCCAAUGGCCUCUACCCAACCAUCUUGAUCAGUUCUGGUCUCAGGAACCCCACAGAUCUCGCUCUGGAUCCCCAGACGGGGUAUGUGUUCUGGGUAGACUGCUGUGAGCCCCCUCAGAUUGGGCGUCUAGGCAUGGACGGCCGGGGGCAAAUGGUUAUAAUUGACACAGAGAUCUAUAGCCCCACUGCUCUCACUAUUGAUUAUACCAACAAGAGACUGUACUGGGCAGACGAUAACCACAUCCUGUUUGCCAACAUGGAUGGCACACAGAGACGCAAAGUGUCCUAUGACCACAUCCAAGGAGUAAUGGCACUUACAUUGUUUGAGGACUUUGUGUAUUGGACUGAUGGGAAGUCCAAAUCACUCCGACGUGCUCACAAGACUACAGGUACUCAAGCAAUUGAGCUCCUCAACUCCUGGCAAGCCAUCAAAUCCAUCAAGGUCUACCACUCACUUCGGCAGCCUGAAGUGCCAAAGCACCAGUGCCAGAUUGCAAAUGGUGGAUGCAGCCACUUAUGUCUUCUUUCCCCUGGCGGGGAACACAAAUGUGCCUGUCCCACCAAUUUUUACCUUGCUGCUGACAACAAAACCUGUCUCUCCAACUGCACCUCCAGUCAGUUCCGCUGCGGGACAGAUGAGUGUAUCCCUUUCUGGUGGAAGUGUGACACGGUGGAUGACUGUGGGGAUGGCUCAGACGAGCCCUCUGAUUGCCCUGAAUUCAAAUGUCAGCCUGGGCGUUUUCAGUGUGGCACGGGCCUCUGUGCUCUUCCUCCCUUUAUCUGUGAUGGGGAAAACGACUGCGGUGACAACACAGAUGAGGCCAACUGUGAGACAUAUAUCUGCCUGUCAGGCCAGUUCAAGUGCACCAGAAAACAAAAAUGCAUCCCCUUAAACCUGCGCUGCAACGGUCAGGACGACUGUGGUGAUGGAGAGGAUGAGACUGACUGCCCGGAAAGCACCUGCUCCCCUGACCAGUUCCAGUGUAAGGCCUCCAUGCACUGCAUCUCCAAGCUUUGGGUUUGCGAUGAGGACCCCGACUGUGCAGACGGGUCAGACGAGGCUAACUGUGAUGAAAAGACCUGUGGACCUCAUGAAUUCCGCUGUGAGAAUAACAACUGCAUCCCAGACCACUGGAGGUGUGACAGCCAGAACGACUGCGGAGACGGCUCCGACGAGGAGAACUGCAAGCCUGUCACCUGUAACCACAAAGACUUUGCCUGUGCGAAUGGAGAGUGCAUUUCCUCCCGAUUCCGCUGCGAUGGAGAUUAUGACUGCUUGGACAAUUCAGAUGAGAGAGGCUGUGAGGCUCACUGUGCAGACGACCAGUUUCGGUGUCACAACAACCUCUGCAUCUCUCUCAAGUGGUUGUGUGACGGUCAAGAAGACUGCAAGAUGGGCGAAGAUGAAAAAAACUGCCAUGGAACAGUUGUCCCUUCAUGCUCUGUGAAUGAGUACGUGUGUGCCAGCGGAGGGUGCGUGUCGGCCAGCCUGCGCUGCGACGGACACGACAACUGCCUCGACGGCUCAGACGAGAUUGGCUGUGUGAAGGAGUGCAGAGAGGAUGAGUUCCUGUGCCUGAAUCGUGCUCACUGCAUCCCUCGACGCUGGCGCUGCGACGACGUGUUGGACUGCAUGGAUCACAGCGACGAAGAAAACUGUAACCAUGGAGCGUUCUUCUGCCGAGCCGAUGAAUUCAUCUGCAACAACACCUUAUGCAAACUCCACACAUGGGUUUGUGACGGCAAGGAUGACUGCGGCGAUAACUCGGACGAAGAUACAGAAAUGUGUGCCAAACUUCCUUGUCCACCUACGAGGCCUUUCCGCUGCAGGAACGAUCACGUGUGUCUCCGCAUGGACCAGGUCUGCAACAAAGUGGAUGACUGCGGCGACAACUCCGAUGAAGAAGAGUGCGAGGUGGUAGCCGGAAGGCCUCGGCCCUGUGGAAAGACGGAGUUCACCUGCAGUAAUGGACGCUGCAUCCCGAUGCAGCUUCAGUGUGACCUUUUCAAUGACUGCGGCGACGGCGGCUCGGACGAGCAGGACUGCAAAUCGUUUUCCAGCGGAGAUGUGUGCGGAAAAAAGACAAAUCCAUGUGGAGAGGAUGCAAUUUGCAACCAAACAAAUGCUAAUGCGAUCUGCCAGUGCAAACCUGGCUUUAAGAGGAACCAAAAAACAGGCCAGUGUGAAGAGAUAAAUGAGUGUCUCCAGUUUGACACGUGUCCUCAUUACUGCACAAACACUAAAGGGUCCUUUAAAUGUACUUGCGAUCGGAACUAUAAGGAGGUGAACGGCAACUGUGUAGCUAAAGGACAAGAUGACAGAGUGCUGUACAUCGCCAACGACACUGAAAUCCGAAGCUUUGUGUAUCCAUAUAACCAGAGCCAGGGCCAUAAACUGCUCACUCACAUUGAGGACAACGCUCGCAUUAUCGGGAUGGAUGUUCUGUUUCAUCAGCAAAAGUUUAUAUGGGCUACCCAGUUUAACCCUGGCGGGAUCUUUUACAAGGACACUCUUGAAAGAGGCCAAACGAAAGCAAGUUUUAAGAACAUCUGUUCCGAUUUCCGCCGUCCCAGAGACAUUUCUGCUGACUGGAUCACGGGAAACAUUUAUUGGACUGAUCACUCCCGGAUGCACUGGUUCAGCUAUUACACAGCCCACUGGACUAAAUUACGAUAUUCCAUAAAUGUGGGCCAACUUAAGGGGCCAAAUUGCACUCGCUUGAUUACUGACAUAGCGGGAGAGCCAUAUGCCAUUACUGUAAACCCAGCCAGGGGAAUGAUGUACUGGAGCGUUAUUGGCGAUCACUCUCAAAUAGAGGAAUCAGCCAUGGACGGAUCAUUACGCAGAGUUCUCUUGGAGAAAAAUCUCCGGAGACCCACUGGGCUGGCAAUUGAUUACUUCAACCAACGUAUUUACUGGGCUGAUCCUGAGCUCUCACAGAUAGGGAGCAUGAGAUUGGAUGGCUCAGACCCCCUUGUGACAAUCAGCGAAAGACACGGAAUUUCUCAGCCAUACAGAAUUGAUUUAUUUGAGGACUACAUCUAUGGAACCGGACUGAAACAUGAGCUCUUCAAGAUUCACAAGUAUGGCAAACAGGCGGUGGAGAUUCUCUAUUUGGGGGUGGAGAGGCCCACAAAUGUUUUUGUCUCCCACCGUUACAAACAGCAAGACGCAUCAAAUCCCUGCUUAAGGAUGUCUUGUGAUUUCAUGUGUCUGCUAAACCCAACUGGGGCGAGAUGCAUCUGUCCUGAGGGAAAAGUGCUGGUGAACGGCACCUGCAAUGACAUCAACAAUUCAGGUGAACUCUGCCGCCCCCCCUGUGAGAACGGAGGCCGCUGCCUGGCCAAUGAGAAAGGAGACUGGAGGUGCUACUGCUGGCCUGACUUUUCAGGGGAGCGCUGCGAGGUGAACCACUGCACAGACUACUGCCUAAAUAAAGGCACCUGCAUGGGCUCGCCACUGGGUAAGCCCACAUGCCGAUGUCCUAUUGGAUUCUCGGGGCCUUUCUGUGAAAAGCGCAUUUGUGACAAUUAUUGUCUAAAUGGGGGAACGUGUGACGUCACUCAGGGAAAUCAGCCUGUGUGCCGCUGUAUGGCAGAGUACACCGGGGACCGCUGUCUUUACCACAUCUGCCACCACUACUGCGUGAACUCAAAGGCCUGCACGUUAUCCAGCAGUGGCUAUGUGGAAUGCGUGUGUCCCGCCAGGUAUGAGGGAAACAAGUGUGAGGUGGACAAGUGUCUUCGAUGCCAUGGAGCUCCCUGCCUUAUUAACGAGGAAACGGGAGAUGUAGUUUGCAACUGCACAAAUGGUAGAAUUGCACCAAGCUGUCAGCUGUGUGAUGGAUAUUGUUACAAUGGAGGUACCUGUCACCUGGACCCCGACACCAGCCUGCCAUUCUGUCAAUGUUCAGCCAAUUGGGCAGGGACACAGUGUGAAAGACCCGCCCCUAAAAGCAGCAGAUCGGACAACACCAGCGGAGGAAGCAUUGCCAUCAUUGUGCCUCUGGUUCUGCUGGUUAUCCUGAUUGUGAUGGUGGUGGCAGGUGUCUACAUCUGCAGACGCAGGCAAAGGGGAAAACGUGUGCAGAGGCAGCCCAUGACAAACGGAGGUAUAAACGUGGAGAUCGGUAACCCGUCAUACAACAUGUAUGAGGUGGACCAUGACAACCAUGCUGAUGCUGGAAGUCUGCUGCGACCCAACUUCACACUGGACCCUCACAAGGGCUGGUGUGUAAAAUCCAGUGACCCUCACAACUUGGGCAUGAACUCUGUGCCCAAGGAGGUUAUUCCUGGACAGCCUAUGAAUUACUCCAACCCUGUGUAUGCAAAGAUCUAUAUCGACGGACAAAACUGUCGGAAGCCAGUCAUCAGUAUUGACGAAAGGAGAGAGCUACUCCCAAAGAAACUAGAGGGGACAAUUCGUGAAACCGCCGCAUAGCCUAACUUUACACUUUGUACUUCUUUUUUUACCACAGUGUAAAAUAUAUAAUAUAAAGGAGGAAACAAGAUUUUUUCUAUUUCCUACGAGGCUCUUGAGUUUAACUUGUUAGCAUCAGCAUAAUGUCCUUGUUGGUGUGUUCAAGAGUUUUAAAUUACAUAUGCAGUUUGCUUACUCAUUUUUAUUUUAAAGUUAUACAGCACUAUACUGUAUACUGUACUGAAGUAAAGCUUCUGAUUUGCAAAAAAAACACCAUAAGCCACUCUUGUGCACAGUUAAAAUGUAAAAAAAAAUCAGUGCUACAAUUUGUACCAAUAGCUGAAUUUAGUUUAAAAGGAAUAUUGACACGAGGUUGCUUUUUGAGGGACAAAACCAGACAAUUUGGCUACAUAUUUUCUAAGCAAAUGUAUGUAUAGUUGCAAAGUGUUUCAUGUGUUUUGUUUCCUAUGUGUGCGGGAAAGACCAGAAAGAUUCAUAAGUGAGCUGAAGCUUAGUAUUUUCUUUUAGCUGUUAUUUUUAUUUUUUUCUGCUCUGCACCUGCUGGAUUUCCUCAUUGACAUCCGUAACAUGACAACAACAGUCUUUUUCUCACAAACUAUGUAUUUCCACAGUUGUUCUGUCUUCUCCAUCACCACAGAUCUCAAGCUCCGCUCACCCAGUUCCGAUGGAAGUACAUCACUCAAGGCCCAUGUUGAAUGUUUGCCGUCAGAUUCCUGUAUUGUUCACUAAGAGGACAGAUGAUUAAUACCAUAUUUUUCUAUAGGUCUCAUCUUUCAACAGAUGAAAUAAAGAUAUAGACGAGGAAGUGAUUUAACACAGUCACAGAGGGUGUUAGGAGUUAUUAUAAAACAUGUUUCUGCUGAAGAUGACCAUGAUAGAUAUAAGAAAUUUUAUAAUUUUGUAUUUGAUUUGUAUGUUGUUUGGCUGCUUGUAUUUUGAAGAAAAUGUAUUAAAUGUAAGUAAUUUUUAUAUAAAAUGUAAAUCAAUAUUGAAUAAAGGGGGCUUAUUUCCAUUUUA